AUGACUGCCGCCCAGGUUCUCCGCCCUGCCCCAUACGGGCCCUCCAUCAGCCUCCCGGCCCCGUACCCGGAGGGCACCGCGUUCCCGCUAUCCCUGUCGCCGGCCCGGGCCGGGGUGUCACUCGACGACAUCACAGCCGAAAUCCGCGGGCUCGCGGCGUCGGGGCGGAUAUCAAGUCUCCUAGACCGGCACGGGGCCGUCUACUUCCAGGGCCUGGGCCUGAAGAACGCGCACGAGUUCUCCAAGUUUGCCCACGCCUUUGGCUGGCUGCCGCACGAGGACAUUGGCAACCCCGUGCGCCGCACCGUCCUGGCCAAGAACGUCGCCACGGCUAACGAGGGCCCAAAUACCCAGCCCGUCUACCCGCACAAUGAGUUCGGCCUGAGCCCGCACUACCCGGCAUAUGGAGUCAAAUACCAGCUCUUCCACCCCAACGGGCCGAAAGACCAGACCACGUCGGCCGGCACGACGGUGCUUCAGGCCUACGGACGGCACGUGCUCGACUCGGACGACGCCGAGACGACGCGGCAGAAGAUCGAGAAGGAGAUCCGCCGCCUGCCGACAGCGACGUGGCGGUGGGAGAAUCAGUCGGCCACCAACCCCCUGGGCGACCUGCGCGUGUGGCAGGUGUUGCCGGUGGCCAGAGACCAUCCGCGCACCCGGCAGCGCGCCUUCUUCAACAACAUCGUCUCGCGCUUCCUCAACGCCGAUAAUGCCGGCACCCUGCUGCCGCCGCAUCUCACCGGCGACGGCAAGUACCAGCCGCCUGCGUUUUACGGAGACGACUCAUUGAUUCCACGUGAAUACCUCGACUCGGCGGUUGAGUUCAUCAACGAGACGCGCGCCAUGGUGACGUGGCAGGCCGGGGAUGUGAUACUGAUUGACAAUCACCAUGUUCAGCACGCGCGUGAGCCGUGGACGGGGUAG